AUGUUCUCCAAACACAAGUUUGCCAGCAACGUGGUAGAGCGCUGCCUCGUGUGCGGCGACGACUCGCAACGCCACGCCCUCGUCUCGACUGUCAUCGCCAAGAAUGACCGCAGCGAAAGCAACAUUCUCAACCUCCUGAAAGACGGCUAUGGCAACUAUGUCAUUCAAAAACUGCUCGAAACCCUCGGUCGCAAAGACUAUGAAGUCUUUGUCGAGGCCCUGAAGCCAGAACUCGACAAGGCCAGAAAGACGAUUUCUGGCAAGCAAAUCAUCUCGGUCGAAAAGAAGAUGUUUCGGUACACGAGGGUUGAUUCCCCUACAAUGGGGCCGCCUCCGACGCCUGGUCUCACGAGCUCGGCGCAGUCAGAAGAAAGCAGUGAGGUGCCAAGUGCAAAUACGUCAACGAUUGAAGAGCCGAUCCUCGAUGUGAGAAAGUCUGAGAAUUCAGAUGGAGGUGUGAAGAUUGAACAGUCUGUUCAUUAA